AGAGAGAGAGAGAGAGAGACAACAACCGUAACAGUAUUUAAACUUCUUUUCUUGUCUCUAAUUUUCACAUUCUCAUCUCUCUCAUUAAACAAAUAAAAAAAAACGAAGAAGACGAAAGAGUUAUCUCAAAUCUAUCUCUCUCUAUCUCACUAGCAUUUCGGAUCAUACGUGUUUGAAAGGAUCAGAUCGAAGAUGUCGGACGUUUCCGGUGACGGAGAUGCAACGGCGUCGAUCACGCAACCGGCUUCGUCGUAUCCGUCACUGAAGGUUUCGGCGUCAUACAAGGAGAGCGGCGGAGGAAAAAGCUCCUCCAAGCGUAGGCCAGUUAAGCUGAGCUUAGACGACGCAGCGGCUGAGAAUGAGUUCAUCACUCAGCUUCAUGGCUCGGAUCCAGUGAAGGUGGAGCUUAAUCGACUAGAGAAUGAAGUUAGAGAUAAGGAUCGAGAGUUAGGGGAAGCACACGCUGAGAUCAAAGCGUUAAGGUUGUCUGAGAGACAGAGAGAGAAAGCUGUUGAAGAGCUUACUGAGGAGCUCGCUAAGUUGGAUGAGAAGCUCAAGUUGACAGAAUCAAUCCUCCAAAGCAAAAAUCUAGAAAUCAAGAAAAUCAACGAGGAGAAGAAAGCCUCAAUGGCUGCUCAAUUUGCUGCUGAAGCCACCUUAAGACGGGUCCAUGCUGCACAAAAGGACGAUGACAUGCCUCCAAUUGAAGCCAUCCUUGUUCCUUUAGAAGCUGAACUUAAGCUUGCACGAUCUGAGAUUGGGAAGCUUCAAGAAGAUAACAGGGCUUUUGAUCGUCUGACUAAAUCAAAGGAAGCUGCCUUACUUGAUGCUGAGAGGACCAUUGAAGGUGCCCUUGCAAAAGCAGCCUUGGUUGAUGAUCUUCAAAACAAGAACCAGGAGUUAAUGAAACAAAUAGAAAUCUGUCAGGAAGAAAACAAGAUUUUAGACAAAAUGCAUAGGCAGAAGGUUGCUGAUGUGGAAAAGCUCACUCAGACAGUAAGAGAGCUGGAAGAGGCUGUUCUUGCAGGUGGUUCUGCUGCAAAUGCCGUGAGGGAUUACGAGCGAAAAUUCCAAGAGAUGAAUGAAGAGAGGAAAACUCUUGACAGGGAGCUUGCACGUGCAAAGGUUACAGCAAACAGAGUUGCAACGGUGGUAGCAAAUGAGUGGAAAGAUGGUAAUGAUAAAGUGAUGCCUGUGAAGCAAUGGCUUGAAGAAAGAAGGUUUCUACAGGGAGAAAUGCAGCAACUUCGCGAUAAGCUUGCCAUAACAGACCGAGCUGCUAAAUCCGAAGCACAGUUAAAGGAAAAGUUUCAACUGCGGCUUAAAGUGCUUGAGGAGGCACUUAAAGGAACUUCAAGCAGCAGCAUUAGGAACACAUCCGAGACAAGGACCAUGAGGAGUGGACCCUCUCGCAGACAGUCGCUUGGUGGAUCUGAAAACUUGCAAAAGUUUCCAUCAAACGGUGCAUUGUCAAAGAAAGCUCCAGCUUCUCAGAUGAGACAUUCCUUGUCUAUUAACUCAACUUCUAUGUUGAAGAAUUCUAAAGGAACAUCCAAGUCAUUUGAUGGAGGUACAAGAUCCUUGGACAGGGGCAAAGCACUCUUAAAUGGACCUGGGAACUAUUCUUUCAACAAGGCUUCUGAUGAAUCUAAGGAACCAGAGCCAGCUACUGGGUGGAAAGACAGUUCAGAGGAGAAGACACAAAGUGAAAACACUCAAGCAGCAAGUGAGGACAGUGUGCCAGGUGUUUUGUAUGAUUUACUACAGAAAGAAGUAGUUUCUUUGAGGAAAGCUUCUCAUGAAAAGGACCAAAGUCUCAAAGACAAGGAUGAUGCCAUUGAGAUGCUAGCUAAGAAGGUGGAAACAUUAACAAAGGCAAUGGAAGUUGAAGCGAAGAAAAUGAGAAGGGAAGUAGCUGCAAUGCGUGUGGAGAAAGAUCAAGACAACAGAGCCAAAAGGUUUUCAAAUAUCAAAAGCUCAUCCAACACCGCUUAGAUUCUUGCUGAAAGAGCUGCUGGAAGAAGCGGGUGAACCAAGAGUACACAGUGAGCAUGAGCUUCAAGAUAUAACAAGUAAAAGAAUCUUAUAGGCUCUUGUUAUUAAGUUGUUUAGCGGUUAUAUAUCUUCUUCUUUCACUUGAUUUUACUUUUGUGUUUGUUUUGUUACCUCAUGUGAUUGAUUGUAUCACCAUAUAGCUUAGCAUGAUGAUAAUCUCAUCCUCACACCUAUAUAACCCAGUAAAGAGAGAAGGGGGGUUAAACUGGUUAGAGGGAGAUAAAUGUUGGCAUUUUUGGAUAGCAUUUUCAUCCCCUUAUCCGGAAGUUAGUUUGUGUUUGCGUGUGUAUAGGUUAGAGAGCUUUGUAUUGGGUUCUACGGAGAGGGAGAGAGAGAGAGAG